AUUUACUCGCCCAGCCCUGCUUGCCUCGAACCUGCCCGGCGUCCCAUCUUCUUCCCGUCUUCCCCUUCGUCCUUUCCGCCCUUCGCUGCCUGUGCGCUUCCGGCCUGCCAUGCUUGUGUGGGUUCCGCCGUCCCAAUCGGUCGUUGCCUCCCGUUGUUUUUGGUGUUUCCUGGUUCCUGGAGAUCGAUACCCAUAUCCGCGUUCUCUUUUCUAGUUGUUGGUGCCGCCGGCCGUGGCCCUGUGAUUUCGCAGCCGGUUAGGGACAUACAAAGAGCGGUAUACAGUACAUUCAUAGUGUACAGCCGACUGGAGCUGGCGCAACCAAUCUCCACUCUGGCUUCCAGGGGGCCAAGCAGCAGCAGCAGGCAGAUAAAACAGGCGUCUCUUGUCCUGUUCGUUCGGCUUCGGCGUUUUGGCUGCGGUUCGCUGCUCGUUGGUGCUUCGGGCUGUUGUUGUUGGCGUUCCAGGCCGAAGGCGUCCCGCCGCUGCAAGCUACCCACUGCCCGUUGCUGCUGUUUCGGUGCGCACACACUUUCCAAAUACGCUUGCACUGGACCUGCCUGCGAAAAGGAAAAAAGCAACCUCCUUCAACACCGACCGACACGCUCGACGCUGCUGAAUAGCCGGACCGUUGACGCCCGGCUGCUGCUCCGCACUUCCAGGUUGCCGCUCUUCAGGCAUGUUUCAGCCCGAACCCACUGCAUACCUCCAGGUGCCGGCUGGGUAUGCAAUCCCGCCCAGUUUACCGGACUACGCAUUCGAGGAGACACCCAUUCGCCUGAACGACGGCCGAGGUUCCGCUGCAACCGUGGCAGCGGGGGCGGGCGGCAGCGCUGCUGGGGAACCGCUGCUUUACGGGACAACGCCCAUCUUCAGCGCUAGCGUGAACAGCGCGGGUCUUGGCCCCGCAUCCUCCGCCGCUGGCUCUUUCCCGGCCGACUUCCACCCAGCCUCGUCCACCACGACCACCGCCGCUGCUGCCACCGCGACCGUGUCUGCUCCCUCUCUCCACACUCACCACAGACCGUCAUUAUCGCUGCUACCAAAGAUGGAGGCAAAUGCCGAUGAUCUGGUCGCCCAGGAGGCGGCGGCCCGUGACUACCAACCACAGUUCCAGGGACCGCUCGUCGGCAAGAAGACUCCCAGCACCGCCAUCACGGAGGAAUAUGCCAAGGCCGACCCGAUUUAUGUGCAGAAGACAAUGGUGCUGCCGCAAACAUACUCGCAUUAUCGGCCGAUCCAGGGGGACGGCAACUGCGGUUGGCGGGCAAUCGGCUUUGGCUACUUUGAGACGCUAGUCAAGAGUGGCAGCAAGGCCCGCAUCGAGUCCGAGAGGCAGCGGCUCCAGAGCCUGAACUCACUGAUCGAGAAUGUCGGCGGCUUCUCGCCCUACGUGUUCCAGGACUUCGUCGAUGAGACCCUAACGCUCCUGGAGAGAAUGGCCGGGCUCGUCGACCACCAGGAGCAGGCCAUGGCGGAACUGCUGGAGGCCUUCAACACGCCAGAUAUUUCGAACUCGGUUAUGUACCACUUCAGGCUGCUGGCAAGCUCGUACCUCAAGAGCAACCGUGAGACAUAUGGCGCCUUCAUCACCACCGGCUCGGGGGUCGACGGCUACUGCCAGGAGGUCUUGGAGCGCCAUAACGUCGAGAUCGACCAUCUCGGUCUGACUCUGCUGGUCAAUGUGCUCCUAAAGGACGUCGGCUUUGUCCUGGAGGUUGCCUACCUCGACCGGAGUCCUGGCCCUGAAGUCAACACGUACCGGUUCCCGGAGGAAGCAAACAACCGGCAUCCCUCAGAACUGGGGCCCAUCAUCCACCUGCUUUACCGUCCAGACCACUAUGAUAUCCUCUAUGUCCCCGAACCGGUGGACCUGCAGGUUCACCGAGUGGCGAGCUUCUCGCACAAUUACGAGAUCCAGAGCUCUCCCGUGGGCCUGCACAACUUCGGCGCUGUCGAUCUGCAGGCGCUCUCAAUGAUUCCGGGAUUCGGCACGGCUGCGCCAGGCUUAGCCCCGAUGCUCGACGCGAGCGCCGCCCCGCUCACAUCGUACGGCCCAAGCCCCGUCUCACCGUGGGUAAACUCGCCCUUUGUCGACCCCAUUCAGCAGGCGCCGCCAGCAGCGCUGGCAAUUCCCACGCCUCCGCCCGCGCCUCAGACACAUCCGCUGCGCUUCAGUGAGUACUGCCAGCUCCCAGAGUACGUCGAAAACAACACCUGGCGGGAGCAAACGCUGCAAACCUCGACGUUCAAGAACAGCCACUUCAACGUGGCCCACUACAACAAUCCCAAUUUCCAACCAGAGGAGUACAAGCCCGAAACCGAUGACCACGACACGCAGCCGCGGGGUAGCGGCCGGAAAAGGGGAAGUGUAUAGACCGCUUCGCAAGAGGGCUGGCUGUGCCAACCGGGAUUCCGAACCAACAGCUGGAAAAUGGCAGCGGAGGGAUCAGUGCCGCGAUGUUAAACCUAAUACUGAGGGGUAGCGGGCGGUAACUGGAUGGCGUGUGGCGACGAGGUUCCGGGAGAGACUCGGCCUGUUACGACCACUUAAUGAG